AACAUGAUGGUUAACCUCACAUUUGUAUUGCAUGGUGGUAGCGGCUGUUUAGAAGUUUUUGUAUAAAUGUGAUAUUUUUGUUUCGUUAGUAGGAAUUAAAACAUAAUAGAGAAUGCCGAAAGGAAAGAAGAAAUUUAUCGACCGCAAGAGUGCGGUAACCUUUCACCUUGUUCACCGCAGCCAGCAAGACCCUCUCAUCAAUGACGAGGAUGCUCCACAACAUGUGCUGCUGCCAACUGUGGAAAAAACUACCAAGGCCGGCGGCCCAGAGUCGCAGGCGGAGCUGGAGCAGCGCAAGGAGGAGCAGAGGAAGUGGGGCAUCUCCUGGGACGACGGCUACGACUACCUGCAGCACCUGCGCGGCGCCGGCGAGGGCCCGGAGAGCGAGCUGGUGCGGUACCGCAUCAUGGCGCCCCAGCCUCCCGCCGACAAGGCGGCGAAGCUGAAGCUGCCCUCGUCCGUGUUCGCGUCGAGCGUGGAGGAGGACGUGGGCCUGCUGAACCUCGCGGCGCCUCACCCAGGGCCACGAUUGGAUUUGGAUCCGGAUGUGGUGGCAGCAAUGGAUGAAGAUUUUAACUACGAUGACCCUGACAACAUGUUGGAUGAUGAUUUCGUUCAAUUGGCCAAUGGUGGAAUCGAUGGUGGUGAGGAAAAUGACGACAGCAGUGACUUGGACAGCAUCGAGGAAGAAGAGGACGUGUCGUCAGGCGGGAGCGCGGGUUCGGGCGAGGCCAGCGACGACGACGUCGCGAGUCUGAGAGGUUCCCAGUUCACUUUCGCGGACGAGGAGACAAAGUCUCGCUUCACCAAUUACUCCGUGUCGAGCUCCGUCAUUAGACGCAACGAGCAACUCGAGAUCCUAGACAGCAGGUUUGAGAAGAUGUUCGCGGGCUACGACGACAACGAGAUCGGCGCGCUGGACUGCGAGGAGAUAGACGGCUACCUGGCGCCCGACUCGGACGCCGUGCUGCGGUGCGCGGAGGAGUUCUCCCGCGACCGGGAGUCGCUCGGGCGCGAGCCGGGCCCCUCCGCGAGGGACGUGGAGAUGGGGGCGGUCAGCUCGGGGGAGGAGGAGGGGGAGCUGGUGGCCCUGGAGGUGCGGGACCGCGACCGCCUCGACUGCGAGUCCGUCCUGUCCACGUACUCCAACCUGUACAACCACCCGACGCUCAUAGCGGAGCCUGCGGUGUCCCGGAGGAUACGCGUGUCUGCGCGCACGGGGAUGCCCGCGGGCGUGCUGGACCCCGCGCCGGCCGGCAGGCUCACGGCCAGGGCGCUGGCCAGGCACGACGCCACGGCCGCCGGGCCGCGCCGCGCCGCACCGGACGGCGACGGCACGGAGACCGUGCUCUCCUCGCUGUCCGUGCUGUCGCUCAGGCCCAGGGGCGAGAGGGCGGAGGGGAGGCGGGAGAGGAAGAAGUCCCUCAAGGAGUACAGGAAGGAGCGGAGGCUGGAGAAGAAGGCCAACACGCUCGCCUUCAAGGAGGAGAAGAAGCGACAGGAGCGGAACGCGCUGAACAUGAGAGCGAGUCUCCAGACCGUGAGGAUACUGUAGUGUCUAGUGUCUCACCAGUACUUGUACUGCCACAAAGAUGAUAAAGUUUGUACAUUAGUAAUUUUA